AAGGAAUUAAUGCAAGAAAAAAUGUCCAGGUUCAUCCUCCCUAACACAAGCUUAUAAAAUCCAGCAUCUGCCUUUGUCUUUCUCUCGUAGUUCAUCAACUGAUCAAAGCUUCCAACACCCUUAAUCUCCAAUGGCUUCCACAAUUUUCACCCAAAUUCCGUUUCAAUCCAAGUCAUUGAACAAAUCCUCGAUUACCCAUUUUGUUCCUUCCUUCAAACUCCCCGUUUCCCUCUCUUUCAAGCCCCGGACCGCCCUCCCCAAGCGCUUUCGCAUCCGAGCCGGUUUGAUCGAGCCCGACGGCGGGAAACUGGUGGACCUCCGCGUGGUGGAGCCGGAGCGGGAAUUGAAGAAGAGGGAGGCGGCUUUGUUGCCCAGGGUGAAGCUGACCAAGAUCGACUUGCAAUGGGUUCACGUUUUGAGUGAAGGAUGGGCUAGUCCGUUAACUGGGUUCAUGAGGGAACCCGAGUUCCUCCAAACUCUUCAUUUCAACUCGCUCCGGCUCGACGACGGCUCGUUCGUCAACAUGUCUGUCCCGAUUGUCUUGGCUAUCGAUGAUUCCCAAAAGGAGAGCAUCGGUGAGUCAAACAGUGUCGCACUCGUUGACUCGGAUGAUAAACUCAUCGCCAUACUCACUGACAUUGAGAUUUACAAGCACCCAAAGGAAGAAAGGAUAGCAAGGACAUGGGGAACUAUUGCCCCUGGAUUACCAUAUGUUGAAGAAACAGUAACAAAUGCUGGGAAUUGGCUAAUUGGAGGCGAUUUGGAGGUUAUAGAGCCGAUCAAGUACAAUGACGGUCUCGAUCGUUUCCGGUUGUCACCGAUCGAACUACGUCAAGAGUUCGAAAGGCGCAAUGCUGAUGCUGUCUUUGCUUUUCAGCUCAGGAAUCCUGUUCAUAAUGGUCAUGCUUUACUAAUGACAGAUACUCGUCGACGACUUCUUGAGAUGGGCUACAAGAAUCCCAUUCUUUUGCUGCAUCCAUUGGGAGGGUAUACGAAGGCGGACGAUGUUCCUCUCAGUUGGCGAAUGAAACAGCACGAGAAGGUUCUUGAGGAUGGUGUUCUUGAUCCCGAGACAACCGUGGUCUCUAUAUUCCCAUCUCCAAUGCACUAUGCUGGCCCGACUGAAGUACAAUGGCAUGCUAAGGCUCGGAUUAAUGCCGGAGCCAACUUUUACAUUGUUGGUAGAGAUCCGGCUGGCAUGGGCCAUCCUGUUGAGAAGAGAGAUUUAUACGACGCUGAUCACGGGAAAAAGGUCUUGAGCAUGGCUCCCGGACUUGAACGACUUAACAUCCUUCCUUUCAGGGUUGCUGCAUAUGACAAGACACAAGGUAAAAUGGCGUUCUUUGAUCCCUCGAGAGCACAAGACUUCCUCUUCAUAUCCGGCACCAAGAUGCGGACUUUGGCAAAGAACAAAGAGAACCCUCCAGCAGGGUUUAUGUGCCCUGGUGGCUGGCAAGUGUUGGUUGACUACUACGAUAGCUUAACCCCGUCGGACAAUGGCAGAAUUCCAGAACCUGUUCCUGCUUAGACGAAAUCUUAAACACUAUAAACAUCCCCAUAAUCUGGACUUUAUAGAGUGUUUCAGUUUAGAUUUCUUCAGUAAAACAAUGCGACGCAUUGUUUCGGAUGUCCAUUAAGGCAUCCUGAAUUGUCCAUUGGGGCCCUUAGCCAUUGAACAUGAGGGCAAAUUGUACUAUACAUCACAUUGUCUUCUUAUGGAGAAACAUGGGUUGUCGAAAAUGUUUGAUGCAUAAUCCUCUUGUAAUUUACUUUCGAUUAUAGUGAAAAUUUUCCUUUUUUGUCUAUGA